ACUCACACUCCCCCACUUCGUACUCAACCACGCUUACUCCUUCCUAGAUCAUCUUCCCUCGCUCCUUCAGAAACAAUUUCAUGACUUUCGCAAACUUCACUACUCCCAUCAAAAACUCCAUUCCAUGGCCAACAAUGGCGGUUUCCGAUGGCAGCAAAAAGGGUGGGUUUCCGUUGUUUCCGGGAAACAAGGGCUUCUUCAGAACUCAACGCAGUUUCCUACCAGACUUGACUGUCACUAAUGUUGCCAGUCCAUCGCCUCCGGUUGCUCCGCCGCCACUGACGACGCCAACUGAGAGAUCGGAGACCACCGGCGAUCGCCAGCAUCCUGCAUGGACUAGCAUCCCUCAAGAGAGAUGGGAAGGGGAACUCCACGUCCAAGGACGGAUACCAUCAUGGCUGAAAGGAACGUACCUGAGGAAUGGUCCAGGGUUGUGGCACAUAGGGGACUACAACUUCAGGCACCUUUUUGACGGCUACGCCACUCUGGUCAAGCUUCAGUUUGACAAUGGCCGGUUGGUCGCCGGCCACCGCCAAGUGGAAUCCCAGGCCUAUCGAGCUGCUAAAAAGAACCAAAAGCUUUGUUAUCGUGAAUUCUCCGAAGUCCCAAAGACUGACAAUUUCUUAGCCUACGUGGGUGAGCUUGCUAAUCUCUUCUCAGGCGCUUCGCUCACAGAUAACGCAAACACCGGCGUCGUGAAGCUCGGUGACGGACGUGUGGUUUGCCUGACGGAGACCCAGAAAGGUUCCAUCGUGAUAGACCCAAACACAUUGGAGACGCUGGGGAGAUUUGAUUACAGUGACACUCUGGGGGGUUUGAUCCACUCAGCACACCCUAUUGUGACCGACGAAGAAUUCCUGACGUUACUACCAGACCUGAUUAACCCUGGGUAUCUGGUGGCGAGGAUGGAAGCCGGGUCGAAUGAACGGAAAGUGAUAGGACGGGUUAAUUGUCGGGGCGGACCGGCACCAGGUUGGGUCCACUCGUUUCCGGUGACUGAGCACUACGUUAUUGUGCCUGAAAUGCCACUGAGAUACUGUGCCCAGAAUUUGCUGAGAGCUGAACCCACGCCAUUGUACAAGUUCGAGUGGCACCCUAAAUCCAAAGCUUUUAUUCAUGUUAUGUGCAGGACUAGUGGAAAAAUAGUGACAAGCGUAGAAGUGCCAUUGUUCGUGACGUUCCAUUUCAUAAAUGCAUACGAAGAAGAAGAUGAAGAUGGAAGAGUGAGGGGCAUUAUUGCAGAUUGCUGUGAGCAUAACUCUGACACCGCCAUUCUCGACAGGCUCAGGCUUCAGAACCUCCGCUCCUUCAUCGGCCAAGAUGUACUGCCGGAUGCCAGGGUAGGAAGGUUCAGAAUACCUCUGGACGGGAGUGAAUAUGGGACAUUAGAGGCAGCAUUAGAGGCAGAUGAGCACGGGAGAGGAAUGGACAUGUGCAGUAUCAACCCUAAUUAUUUGGGCAAGAAAUACAGAUAUGCUUACGCGUGUGGAGCCAAGCGCCCUUGUAACUUCCCCAACACCCUCACCAAGCUUGACUUCGUGGAGAAGAAGGCAAAGAAUUGGUACGAGGAAGGCGCUGUUCCGUCAGAACCCUUCUUCGUGGCUCGACCUGGAGCUACAGAAGAAGACGAUGGCGUGGUUGUCUCCAUUGUAAGUGGAAGAAACGGAGAGGGAUAUGCGUUGUUGUUAGAUGGUUCCAGCUUUGAAGAGAUUGCCAGGGCCAAGUUCCCUUACGCACUGCCAUACGGACUGCAUGGAUGCUGGGUUCCUUCCUAGUAAACACUGAACCCUUCAACUUCCUCAAAGUCCUAUAUAUAACACAAUAUGAAUGCGCCAAGAUCACUCCCACCUCCACGCUUCAAUCUAUGUAUUGUGUAGCUGUGACCAUAAUGACUAGCAUAUGCUUAAAUUAAGUGUGUACGAUACAAGUGGCGAUUAGGGAUUCUUCUUCCCCAUAUAGGAUAGCACUUUCUUACCACGUACCCUGUGUCAUUAUGGUGUCUCGGGGUAUAAAAAUCAUGUACGCAUGUGUUAUAUAUUUUAUCUUCCCCUAGAAGAAUGUAAUCAGAAAUAUGAAAGGAAGGUUGUCACUGCA